UUCCACUCGGACCUCUUCGAGGGGCAGAAGCCGAACUUCUGCCAGAAGGGCGAGGGGGCUCUGAGGGUGAGGAGGUUCCUCCAGUCCCUUACGCCGGUCUCCGAGAAGGACGCGCGCUUCCAGGAGGGUCUCGGUGCAAUGGAGCAGAUGUUGCAGAAGUGGGCGCUCGUCGAAGUGGAUGGCCGAGCGGGCGACCUCGUGCAAAUGGACCUGGAGAAGGCCACGCUUGACGUGAUCCUCGCCUUCACCACCACGCUGUUCCUCGGCAGGACUCUGGACCCAGACCUCCUCAGGCCCCUCGGCCUAGACCUGCAG